CUUUGGAGCGCAACAUGAAAGUAUCUAGACUGUUGGGAAAGAUUUCUGCCUGAAGGGAAAUAAUCAAAGCGAAAAUGGUGAAGAUUUAUCCCAUUAUUUUGAUAUGCAGUUUGCUGCUAGAAACCUGGCUUUCUUCUGAAGCUUCAGUGUUUCUGCCGAGGGAUCUGGCGGGCUCUCUUCUGAAGAGACAGAAACGCUAUAACACGGGUAGAUUUGAGGAGAUGAUGAAGGAUAAUUUGGAGAGGGAAUGUUUUGAAGAACGCUGCAAUCUAGAAGAGGCCAGAGAGGUUUUUGAAGACCAGGAAAAAACCAUGAAAUUCUGGAUCACUUAUUUGGAUGGAGACCAGUGUCAGUCAUCUCCCUGUCAGAAUGGAGGGAAAUGUGAGGAUGGUAUGAACACAUACACCUGCUGGUGUCCAGCGCGCUUUAGUGGGAAGAACUGUGAGUUGGAAAUGGCAAAACAGUGUAAUGUAAAUAAUGGAGGCUGCAUGCACUUCUGCGUUGUGGAUAAAAUUUAUGGAGCAGUGUGUGACUGUGCCGAGGGUUACAGACUGGCUCUAGAUGGCAGGAUAUGUGAACCUACAGGGCAGUACCCAUGUGGACGUCUUGGAGCGAAUAUUGCUGAAACACUUAACUCAAGGUCUCUUAUCAGUGCUGAGAAUGGAAAUCAAAGUCACUCUCUCAAUCACAUCAAUACAACAGAACACAAUACAACAGAGUCCAGUCCUACAGAUCCUCUUGAUGUGAACGGGACUAGCACACCUCAACCUACACUGAACAUCACCUCAUUCUUUCCCACUCGGCCCACCAUCAAAAAUGCAACAAACAAUGAACAUCGUAUUGUAGGAGGAAACGAGGCAACACCGGGGGAGAUUCCAUGGCAGGUGGUUUUUAUGGAAAAGCUGAGUAAGAUUGCAUUUUGUGGCGGCUCUCUCCUCAGUGAAGAAUGGGUCAUUACAGCUGCCCACUGUGUUGAAGGAAAGGUGGGAUCUUUCUUCAUCAGAGUGGGGGAACAUGAUGUGUCAAUGAAUGAGGGAAGAGAGAGUGAUCACGGCAUAGCGGAGUACCAUAUCCAUCCAAGUUACAACUCUCAACGGAGUCUUUACAAUCAUGACAUCGCCCUGUUAAAGCUCAAGGGACCCGUCAAAUUCUCUGACUACGCCCUGCCCAUCUGCCUGGGCUCUAAAGACUUCACAGAGAACUUGCUCAGGAGUGCAGAAAACUCCCUGGUGAGUGGCUGGGGGAGGCUACGGUACGGGGGCAUGGAAUCUAAAACACUUCAGAAAGUAGAGCUCCCCUACGUGGACCGGACGGAGUGCAAAGGCAGCAGCACCGACACCAUCUCCCGCUUCAUGUUCUGUGCCGGUUACAGUGCGGUAAGCAAGGAUUCCUGUCAGGGGGACAGCGGAGGACCCCAUGCCACCCAAUAUCAGAACACAUGGUUCCUCACGGGUAUCGUCAGCUGGGGCGAGGAGUGCGCUAAGGAGGGAAAGUAUGGCAUCUACACCCGUAUCUCCAGAUAUAUGUACUGGAUAAGUAACGUUACUGGCAUCAGAACAGGACAUAUGUCCAAUACUGAUCAACAGAGUUGAAAUUAGAUUAGGCCUUUGUGCAGGGUUGUUUUAAAUGUCGGAAGGAAUUAGAGCUCACAGACAUGUUUGUACAGAUGAUAUUUACUAGUCAUCAUUCAACAGACAUACUGUAACAAUCAAGAAAAAAUAUAGUUUUCCAUCUUACACUUUGUGCUUGUACAUCUAGUGAAAUUAUUUUCAUACAUGAUAUACCACAAAGCAGUAUGAGGUCACUUUCAUCUUUGUAACUCUGUACAUAUUAUACACUAGAAGUGUAUGGCUUUAAGAAGUGUACUUCAGACUGAAGUACACAUGAAACCCAUUCAGACCGCAUUCACUUUUCUUCUCCCUUGUCAAGCCCUCUUUUAAACUAAUGACAUGCAAAUGCACACUACUUUUCAAAAGUUUGGGGUCGUUUUUAUAACUGUUUUUACAAUGUAAUUUAUUAAGC